AUGACAACACCUGUUGUGGAUCCUCAACCACAAAUGAACAAUGAAGUGGAUAGUAACUUCUACGUUGGACAAAAAAUCAAUACCUUACAGCAUGCGAGAUCUUUAAGAAACUCGGUAAUAAUUAGAGACACCUCUGCAAACUCUAUCAACUCCAUAAACAGCAACAUUCCAUUAAAUUCAAACGAACAGCGAACCGGCAUAAUACAAAUGACAUCAUCACCCUCCUUAAGUGCACUUGCCGGUAUUCUAAAUGAAAAAACGAAGCAAGCUGAUAUGAUGGUGAGAAAGCUAUCAACUAAUUUUGUAGCUGACACGAUCAAAGAAGAAACGGAAGAGCCCGCCGAGGGAAAUUUGGAACAGAAUUCUUCAAAUAUUGCUGAAUCUGGCUCCCCAAAUUUGAUAGAUCUAGCAGAUAACGACGAAGCAAUCAUUUUUAAACACCCAAUACCGUUAAAUCCUUCCGUUGAACAGCCUGAUUUCUUAACUACUCCCAAAGUUCAACAACAGACCAAAGAAAACAGUGCCGAACCUUUAAUUAACGAUCAGUCUUCAAAUUCUUUUAAAAGUGAAGUUAGAAGCUUAAAGAGCGACAAUGAAACCGAUUCGCAGUAUACUAUUCCUACCAUCAAGUCAGCAAAUGAAUGUGCCGACGAAGACCCACACACGUUAAUACUAGAACAAAAACCAAAUAUUGAUGAACCUCUCACGCCAACAGUUUCAUUAAUGCAGGAAACUGUUUCAUUAGAAAUCCAGAAGAAUACGCCAGUACUACAAAGAUUGGAUUCUAACGUAAAGGGUGGACAAGAUAUUGAUACAAGCAAAUCAAAACGAAGAAGAAGCCUGCUCAAUUUUUGGAGGAAGCCAAAGCAGUCUACGGAGAAACAAAUGUCAACAUCGAAGAGUUUUAGUUUGGCGUCAAAAAAAGGCCAAUCUAAUGAAGACUUGAAAGGGCCUGGCACUAAGAGGUCACUUAGUAGCAGCAGUAUCUUCACCACCUUUAGGAAGAAUAAGAACAAUGACAGCAAUGCUGUUAAAAAGAGUGAUAAUGUGGUCGUGGAACGACAUACAGAAUCCCAGAUCCUUCCAAAGAACAAUACACGACCACAGAAGGUCUUCCAAAAGCGUAAGCCAACGCCCCUAAAUUUUGUGAAAGAUGUGCCUGAAUUAACUACAGAGGAUAAAUUCCCAAGAGAUGUUUUUCCAAAGUCACUCGACGUAUCAGAGGUUGAGUCAAUUGUCUCUCUUGAAAGGUCCAGAUCUAUGAAAUCAAAUCAACGAAACUCAAUGUCUUCUCUACGUACCAGAUCAUUGAGUGAUCACAUUUCACUCAAUGCCAAAAUGGAAGGAAUGUUCAUUACCGAAGCUACAAGAACAUCUUUCGCAACCCCGGAUUUAACGAAAUCUCCGGUGAGCAGUAUUCUGCGCAGCGGAAAGUUUGAAACUACGUCUGAUGAAAAAAUAUCCGCCAGUUCUGAUUUGGACAAUAGUCAUGGUACUCGAAGUGCAAGUUUCACAAUUUCACCACAACAGAGAGAUUUUUCUUUUGGUUCCAUAGAGCAAAAGUUAAACGAGCUGACAAUGGAAUCUGAUCAAGAAGAUCAACUAGAAAAACCAUUGGUGCAGAAUAAGGCAACUAAAUCUAGUCUUGAAGAUUCAGAUAAUGAAGACAACGAAUUAAUCUCAGAUAUCAUGGAAUUUGCAAGUAUAAUAGACUUUGGACAAGAUAUCGAGUUAAAUUUUGAUCUCUAUUCUGACAAUCGUUCACACUAUGAAACUCUAAAUCCGGUCAAAGAAUCUGUGAAAAACUCUCUAUCCAAGCCCAGCUUCAAUACUGAGACAGAAAACUCAUUUCUUGUGGAACUUACUAACUCCCCAGAAAUUAAGACAAACAGUUCAGUACUCAACCAAAAACAGACUGGUUUGGAUGAUCAGAAACACAUAUCAAGUACUAUAAAAACAAGAGACACAUCACCAGAAAAUGUUAGCAGUAGCAACCAAAACACUUUUUCUGAUAGCAGUUUAUAUUUUGAUAAUUAUGAUGAGGAAGAUUUUGAGAACGAAGAUUUUAAUGGCAUACAUGCAGUAAAAGAAUCCCCAAAGAUCAACGCAUUUUUACCAGAUAUCACAACAUCGAUGAGCAGGCCUAUAUCGAUGUCUUUUAGGGGUUUGAAAGCGCCACAAUUCAACAGUACCAUGGAACUUUCAGGGCUUACGGGACUUGAACAUAUCUCAGAUCAGAUGUCGAAGAAAUCGGAAGAAAGAUCUAGCUAUGCAGCAAAACUUGUUAAGUUUUCCUCUCAAAUAGUCCUUUAUGAGACCUAUGGUGAACUUGAGUAUGAUAGGCAUCCUGAUUCGGCAACAUGCAAUCAACUUACUCCUCAAUUGGCCCAAAUGAUAAAGGACGAGCUGAAUGAGCUUAAAGCAGAAAUGGACAUUCACGAAGAUUCUAUGUGCAACACUCACUUCUUUUAG